CGCCAUCUGGCGAAGAAAAAAUUUACAGCUGAUUCGAAUGAUAGUUUCAUGAAUUUAUUAAUUUUUCUUCAGUUUAGAGGAGUACUUCUUUCACAACUAUGUGUUUGAAACAUUCUUGAUUAUGUUGAGCCAACUGUGGUUCUCGAAAAAAUAGAGCUGUCUGAACUAUAUGUAGGGUGCAUCUCAUCAAUUGUUGAAUAACUCCCACUAUCACCAGGAAAGAUGCAGAAAUUAGUUGCAUAUAUCAGGGAUUUCACUGUGACUCAGAGAAUUGCCAUAUUUGGCGCAAUAGUAACUUGUACAUCAAUUUUCACUACAUUCUGGUUGUUACCAUUAUACAUUGCGACUCUACUUGGAUGUGUCAAACUCUCAAGAGUCUUUCUGUUGCGGAAAACAUGUUUACAGUCUCAAAGUUUGAUAAAAAUCCUCCAAAUGGUUGACAAUAUUGAGGAAUUUUGGAGUGGUGUUUUCGGUGCUGCUGAUCAAGAUAGAAUUAAUAAGCUCAAAUAUGAAAAUGUCUCUCACGUUAACAAUGAAAUUAGUACAUUCCUGGAUUUAGUUAUUCGUGAUUUUGUUUAUAGCUGGUAUCAUACAUUUAGUAAAGAUCAGGAAUGUAUGGACAGUGUACAUGAACUGAUUGAGGAAAUUACAUUAAGCAUAAAAGAUCGUCUAGAAAAACUCAAUAUUGAUCAAGUAGUCAAACUUUACAUAGAUUUAUACAGACAGCACUUGGCCAAGUAUCAAAUAGCUGUUCUGCUAUAUAAGAAACAGCCCACAUUUAAUCGCAAGAGUGACCCAAAAGCCCAAAACAAGAAACUGAAAAGCAUUAUUCAUGCAUUUGAAUCAAAAUAUAAAUUCCAUAUUGCUUUAGUUGACAGGGAGAAUGAAAUAGACUACAUCAGGAGCAUUGUACAAAUGAUCUUUACGAUACUCUUGCCGCAUGAUUUGCAGUCCUGCACAGCAGGGAGGAAGUUAUUAGAAGAAAUAUUAACAUGUAAUGUCAUGUUACCUUUAGUUGAAAUGUUAAGCCAACCAGAUGAACUAAACCAAAUAGUAAUUAAGAUUCUCUCAGAUGACAAGGAACAAAAUAAAGAGCAAAUUUCCAUUGAAAGCAGUGUAAGCACUCUUGAAUCAGAACUUCCAACAAAUGAUAAAGAAGAGGAUAGCCUCAGUGUAAAACCUUCACAAGAAAAUGUCAAUGAUAUAUCUGACACACAAACUAUUCCAUGUGUCCAACUUAAUUCAAAACAAGAGGAUGAUGCUAUUUCCACUGAGCUUCCUGACAAUGUAAAAAACCAACAGUUCAACACACCCAAUACUUUAGAGGCAAAUGCCACUGAAGGAAACAAAGAAUUUGUAACUGAUACCUUCAAAAGAAAAUAUUUGAGCCCUGCAGACCUAAAAGAAAAAGAACAAAAUGGUAUAACUCAAGGAAAGUCAGUUUCGAUGCAACAGAAUCAAAUCCCUUCAAUAAAUGUAGAAACAAUAAGUAAAAAUGUAACUUAUAACGACAAUGAACAAUUGAAUGUUGAUGAAGCUGAGGAUGCAGUUGAUGCUCUGGAUGCAAUAAAUGCUCCAGUUGUCCCAUCAGUGCCAAUGAUUCCUAUUGGAGCAAGUACACCAGUGCUAGCCACUAACAUCCCAAUGUCUAGCAGUCCAAAGUCAGAUAUCCUUCCUAGUCAUGUAGCACGCAAGCCAGUGUUUGACACAGUUUCCUUAAGCAGUAGCGAAGAGAGUUUUGAUGCUCAGCAUAUAGAUCCAUAUAUUGGACCCUCACCCUUUCACAGUCAAAGACCAUCUGGCUUGUUCCCAGUUGACUCUACUGAAGGACUCUCAUCCCAGGAUGCCAGGAGGUCAGUCCUCACAUGGAACACUGACAUAGCAGAAUCAAAGUCCUCUAUGCAGGAUACCAGUGAAACUAAGGAUUUUACACCAAGAGGUAGUCAACAAAUCCAAAUAUACCCUAACUCAGACUCUGGCUCCCCAGAAUCUAGAUCUCUUACUAGAAUUCCUACCAGUGAGCUAGAUAACAGCCCCAGUCCUGAUCUCCAUUCAGGGGCCCUGAAGUCUUUCUUCUCAAGCAUUGGUAUAUCUAGCACUGAGGUGAUGAAUGAAUACAGGAGCAAGGGGACCUAUGUGCUAUACAUUAUAGAGUACCAGGCCUUCUACUCUAACCCUGAAGGGGCUCCAAUAUUGUGUAAGCGAAUUGUUAGACGAAGAUAUAGAGAGUUUGUCAACCUACAGGAGAGGCUUGAGGGGAAGCCAUAUUUUAAAAAUAGUCUGAAAGAUGUUAAAGGUCCUUCGAGGUGGGCAUCAAUGCCAUUUGGAAAGAUGGAUCAAAGAAGUGUAGAAGGCAGAAGAAAGAAGCUAGAAAAAUACCUACAGACUAUUGCUGAGAAAGAGGAUUUGGGGUCUUGUGAAGACUUCAAGGAGUUUCUCGCAUAUGAGGGUGGGGCAAACAUAGCAUUUGUGAAGCGAGCACAGGAGAUUUCUGUACCCAGAAUUGACAAGAUGUUUACAAAGACAGUUUCCGGAGUAUUUGAUAGAAUCACCACAGCAUUACCCAGCAUGCCACAGGAUAGCUUGACCAAAGUGAUUUCCAGAGACCGAAGAAAAAAUCGGAAAACUAAAGAAAUUGAUAGAGGCUUUGAUGUUGAUGAUAUAUUUGUUGAUUAUGAGUUUGAAGAUGAAGAGGAAGAACAAGAGGAGAACAUAGAGGAAAGUGCAAUACUGGGCACAAUGCAGAGAUUUAUACAGCAGAGUACCAUCCAUAAACAAGAAGAACACAUUGGGGUUGAUACACCUGAGCUCUCCAGCAUUAGUGAUGACUUUGAGGAAUGCAUAGAUGAUGAACUUCCCCUCCUAGCAAGAAGAUCUGAGGGCGAUGGCUGUGAUGGCAUUACCAGUCAUCAAGAUGCGACGAAGACUGUUGACAGGGAUAUACCUUUAGCCUCCUCUCUACUGAACCUUGCAGUGCAGACAUCCCUUGGCAAUGAUGCUUGGGUGUGUAGGGAAAACAUCAUAAAGUCUUUGAAGGCCCUUCUUGGAAAAGCUAUCAAUUGUUGGUUUCAAGGUGAGCUAAAAGAUUUGACGUCUAAAGAAAGAUGUGCGUACUAUAUUUGGUUGCUAAGGGACACACUCUGGCCUAAUGGUUGCCUAGCAACUGAGUCUGCCCCUGAGAGAACCCAGCAAGAAAGAGAACAAACUGUACUUGACACAAGAAAAUGUUUAGUGGAAUUUUUUCCAAAUUUUAUUCCUGCUAUAGUUGGUGAUAAUGACUUCCAGUACUGUGUUGACCAAGUAUUGAACUCCCUGCAACAUGACAAGCUGAACAGGCAUUUUGUUUACUGUCUGCUCGACAUACUUGUGGAAGAGGUGUUCCCUGAGAUCAGUACUAUUCAACUACAAAAGGCAAUGCUUCAACAAUCUAAAUCUAAAUGAACAGUAAUGACGAUUAUGACAUAAAGAGCAUACUAGUAUUUAAUCUAUUUUACAUCCUUAAAAAAGCUAGAAAGAAAUGAAAAGGUGGACAGUUUUUUGGGCUUACAACUUGCAAUGUAUAAUACAUAGAAGUUUUGUUGCAAGCGUAUGGUGAUUUCUAGAAACAUUGAGUGGGACUACAACAGUUGAAAUGAACAAACAUGAUGGAAUAGGAAGAAAUAUGGACACGUAUGAUGUGAAUUCACUGAAUAAAUGUGAAUACAUUUUCUUGUCAAAAAUAUGGGGGCCUUAAUAGGAGUGGACAUUUUAGAUCUACCGGUAAAUGUCAAUUAUGACUCAGAAUCAAUAAAUAGAUAAUAUACCUUGUAUGACGUAUUCUUUGACAAAUAUUGAUUGUUUGUUAGAGCUUCCUGUACAGAAAGAAUGACUCGAACAACAUAAAUAUUUCUAAAUGACUGAUAAUGACUUAAUACUUAAUUUAGAUGUUGCGAAACCAAGGUUUCCUGUGAUUAGAUGGCUCAAUAAUAACGGAAGUCACAAAUAGUAGUAAUUCUCACCUCAAUAACCAAAUACGCUUAUCAAUGUACUGAAGUAAGUAUUAGUAAAUAAUUUUUCAAAAUCUCUAUACCAUUUUUUACACAUGUAGUAGUUAUGAAUAAAACCCAGCUGCUUUCAAUCUUCAAA